CAUGUAGGCAUGCUGAAAACAGCGGUAGCUAAAAUGCUGAAGUCAUGUGUGACGCACGACGCGUAGACGUCGGAUUUGAGAAGCAUUUCCGGUCACAUCACGCCAGUGCUACCGCGCCGCUGUGUAAAGUAGGAUCUUGUUCGGAGGCACCGUGUGAGCAGUGACCGAGGAUACAGGAAGUGUAGGUGUUUAUUUGGGAGGGAAAACAUCGGAUGACAGUUCCCUUACACUAGCAGGAAGCCAUGAAAAGCUGUGAAUAUCAACAAAUAGAUCCUCAUGCACUCUCUACACCAACACCUGGACACACAAUAGCUCCUUCUCCGGGUCCUUGCCAGGAAAAGAAGCCCAGCCGGCUCAAGAGGAAAUGGGAAGUGUUUCCGGGAAAGAAUCGCUUUUACUGUGACGGUCGGAUCAUGGUGGCACGUCAAAGCGGUGUUCUCCCUCUCACCAUAGGGCUCAUCCUCGUCACCAGCGGCUUGUUUUUCGUGUUUGAUUGUCCCUUCCUGGUUGAACACCUGACUGGCUGCAUCCCAGUGAUCGGAGGAGUCCUUUUUGUGUUUGUGGUCAUCUCUCUAUUUCAGACCAGCUUCUCGGACCCUGGCAUUCUUCCUAGGGCGACACCUGAGGAGGCAGCUGACAUUGAGAAACAGAUUGAUAACCCCAACGGUUGUACCUCAUCCUAUCGCCCCCCUCCUCGCACCAAGGAGGUCGUUAUCAACCAGCAGGUUGUUAAGCUAAAGUACUGCUUCACCUGCAAGAUCUUCCGGCCGCCACGCACCUCCCACUGCAGCUUAUGUGACAACUGUGUAGAGCGGUUUGACCACCAUUGCCCCUGGGUCGGAAACUGUGUGGGAAAGCGCAACUAUCGCUUCUUCUACAUGUUCAUCGUCUCGCUGUCCUUUCUCACCGCCUUCAUCUUCGGCUGUGUGACUACGCACUUGGCUCUGAGGUCACAAGGAGGACACGGGUUGGUUUUUGCACUCCAAGCGAGUCCUGCUAGUGCUAUAGAGUUAGUGGUUUGCUUCUUUUCAGUUUGGUCUAUUUUAGGCCUCUCAGGUUUCCAUACAUACCUGGUUGCUGCUAAUCUCACCACAAACGAGGAUAUUAAAGGUUCCUGGUCAGGGAAGAGUGGGAAUGAGGAAACUGGGAAUCCUUACAGUCAUAACAACAUUUUAAAAAACUGCUGCUCAGUGCUCUGUGGGCCCAUGCCUCCCAGUUUAAUAGAUAGAAGAGGCUUUGUGCCGUUAGAGAACGUUGUCCACGCGGGUCCCACAGAGAUCGGUUUUCCUGCUGCAAAAAACGACAUCAACAUGGAUACUAAAGGCAUGUUGGAUACCACCACUUUCUCUCCUCACAACUCCAGUCCCUGUCCUCAGAGCAAGUCCCAAACCUUGGCCGGUCUACCCACCGUCACUCCUUCUCCUGCUCCUGUACAGCCGAAGGUCUCAAAAGUCCAGAAGACGCCGUCCCACAGACAUCAUCACAAGGGAAAGCGGACCACCUCACAAUCUCUUAACCAAAUCUACAUUUCUAGUUCCAGCACCAGGACCCAAGCACAUUCGUAGCUUGAUAUGCAAAAAAGACUCUAAGACCCAAGAUUCAAAAUACACUUCUUUGCACGGAUCACCUGUUAAAAGACUACAAGGAAGGAAACUGAUUAUUCCUUACGGCGCAGUUAUAAAUUAGGGCACUCUCUCUGAUCUUUUAGGGAU